GUCAGUCUCACAGUCAGUUUCUUAUCGUAGCUGCCCACCUCACGAUGUCUUCGUCCACCACCGCGACAAUUAAACUGCCGCAUAGCAAGCUCCAAGACUCGAGCUUCAAUGCGACCAUCACUCUGAAGCCCCGUCCACCUCUAGCCAGCUACACGUUCGGCGGACUGUCCGCGGUGGGCGCCGUGUUCUUCACACACCCGUUCGACUUGCUCAAAAUCCACCUUCAGACGUCCAAGAAGGAGAAUCUGGGGCUGGUGACCGCUGUCCGCCGCAUCCUCAAGCAGCAGGGACUACGUGGACUCUACCAGGGCAUCUCUGGAGGCGCCAUGAGGGAAGGAACGUACUCCACCAUGCGUUUUGCAGUCUACCACUACCUCAAGGACGAGGCGGUGCGCCGUAACGACGGCCAACCGAUCUCCACAGGCCACAAUGUGCUACUGGGUAUGACCGGAGGAAUCAUCGGAGGAGCCUUUGGCAACCCAGCAGAUAUUGUCAAUAUCCGUAUGCAAGCGGACAGUCGAUUGCCGCCCGAGAAGAGACGCAACUACAAACACGCAGUGGACGGACUCAUUCGAGUAGAGAAGGAGGAGGGACUCGCGGCGUUGAUGCGUGGAGUGAGGCCCAAUAUGAUUCGUGCCAUGCUCUUGACGACCGGACAGAUUGCAGCCUACGACUUGGCCAAGUCGACGAUUCUCGAGAACAAAGUGGUGCCGAUGCACGACAAUCUGCAGACUCACGUUCUGGCCAGUAUGGUGGCUGGUCUAGUGGCGACGACGGCCUGUGCACCGGCUGAUGUGGUCAAAACAAGGCUGAUGAACAUGCACCACAAUGAGUAUAAGAGCGCCACCGACUGCUUUGUCAAGGUGGUAAAGCACGAAGGACUGCGAGGACUGUACAAGGGAUGGCUGCCAGCGUAUAUGCGCCUGGGACCGCAGACGCUGCUGACGUUUGUGUUCCUCGAACAACUCCGCAAGCGCUUGCUAUAGAUUUCAAGAUUCUGUGAUUGCUAGCAGUCCGAGUUGACCUUGACGGCGGGAUUAAUCUGCUACCCUCUUCAUCUUUCACCAUUUCUGGACCUUGUUCGGACGCUUUGGUGCCUUUCAACUCGCACUUUAAGAUUAUGCAUGAGAAUUCUGUAGUAUCCAGCAGCUUCAGCCGUGCAUACAUGUACACAACAGGAGAUGUGUUGACGAAGGAUAAUCAUCGGAACAUAUAUUUUUUUUAAUUUCAGAGGUUGCGGCGUUUGCCUAUGACCUGUUGGCGCACAAC